AUUACAUUCAAGCUUCCGAAUUAUAAUACAAGCUCAUAUUAUUCGAUCAUAAUACGUCUGAAUUCGGAGCAACAGAAAGGAGAAGAAGAAGAGAAGGGGGAAAAGGAGAGUUCAUUCCCCAUUGUCCUUUCCUCUCUCCCUCUUCUUCGUUCGUAGAUUCACGUGACCGAAUCGUAUAUAUUAAUAUUCUGUCGUCUCUUUCACACCUUCUCAGGCUCUGUGCACAUAAAUCCUGUGUUUUCUGAUUUGAAUUGGAUCGUUGGAGACAUCAUACAAUAGUUCGUAAGUUCCACCAUGAUAGAUUUGGGGAUUUCCUUUUUGAGGCUUUUCACUAGCCUGGAUGCUUCUGGGGCAUCUAUUCUUGGAUGGCUGAUUACUGGAUCAUUUGGAAUUUUGGCUGUCAUAUAUGGCAUUCUCAAGUGGCAGAGAAGAUCAUCCCUGAAAUGGAUUAAAGCUGCAGCCAGAGCAAAGAAGAAAGUUUGGAAGAAGUUUAAAGUACCUUUGUCAGAGCACUUGUGGGUUGAAGAUUUUACUCUCAGGGAGCAGCCAUCCACUUGCUGCUUCUGCUUGACUUCUCUGUGGCCUUCUCAUAGCUUAGGUACAACAACAAUGACACAACGUUCUCCUAUCCAUCGUUGCUCUGUUUGUGGUGUCGCAGCCCAUUUCAUCUGUUCUCAAUUUGCAGCAAAGGAUUGUAAAUGUGUGGCUCAAUCUGGUUUUAGCCACAUUCGACACCACUGGUCUGAAAGAUGGGUUAAUGCAGAUGAAUAUCAUGAGAUGUCUGCCUUUUGUUUUUACUGUGAUGAACCAUGUGGUGUUCCAUUUGUCAAAUCUUCCCCUACGUGGCAUUGUCGCUGGUGUCAGCGCCUCAUUCAUGUCAAAUGUCAUAAUAAAUUGGUCAAAGAUUCUGGUGAUAUUUGUGAUUUGGGUCCUUUGAGGCGACUUAUCCUCUCUCCUCUCUAUGUCAAAGAAGUUGAUGAAGAUCCAAAAGGAGAAAAACUGAGUUCUAUUAUAACCUCUUCCGUUCGUGGUCAGAUGAGAAAACGGCGUAAUCGCAAUAAUAAGCAUGGAGGUAGUUCGCGUAAUAAUAGCAAGCCACGUGACCCCUCGGUCACUGAUGCAAUAUUGUUUGACUAUGUAUUGAAUGGUAUAGAGGAUUGGGACCUGUCUGGUGAUGAGAUGCUCUUUGACUUCCGUCGCAUGAACAAUGGUAGAGUUCUAGUAAAUCCUAAUCCAAUCAAGAAAUACACAUUGGUUGAUUUGCCAUCCGAUGCAAGGCCACUUUUGGUCUUCAUUAAUGCCAGGAGUGGUGGGCAGCUUGGGCCUUCUCUUCAAAGGAGAUUGAACAUGCUACUAAAUCCUAUUCAGAUAUUUGAAUUGAGUGCUUCUCAAGGUCCUGAGGUGGGACUGGAAAUGUUUAAAAGUGUGCGAUAUUUUAGAGUGUUAGUAUGUGGUGGGGAUGGCACUGUUGCAUGGGUCCUUGAGUCUAUAGCAAGACUGAAUUUUGAGUCACCUCCUCCUGUUGCAAUACUUCCACUUGGAACUGGAAAUGAUUUGUCCAGGGUACUGAAUUGGGGAAGAGGCUUCUCUGCACUUGAUGGACAGGGUGGGUUGACCACUCUUCUGAAUGACAUUAACAUUGCAGCAGUAACCAUGCUGGAUCGCUGGGAAGUUAAAAUUACAGAAGAGAACUCUGAGGGAAACCCAAACAAAGUGAAAACUAAAUCUAUGAUGAACUAUCUAGGGAUUGGAUGUGAUGCAAAGGUUGCAUAUGAAUUUCAUGUUACAAGACAGAUAAAUCCAGAAAAGUUUUCCAGUCUGUUUGUUAAUAAAUUGAGAUAUGCCAAAGAAGGAGCAAGAGAUAUUAUGGACCGAACAUGUGCUGACUUGCCAUGGCAAGUAUGGCUUGAAGUUGAUGGUAUAGACAUUGAGAUUCCUAAGGAUGCAGAGGGCUUAAUCGUGCUUAAUAUUGGGAGCUACAUGGGUGGAGUAGAUCUUUGGCAAAAUGAUACUGAGCAUGAUGAUGAUUUUAGUCUUCAAUCCAUGCAUGACAAAAUGCUUGAGGUGGUAUCUGUUUGUGGGGCAUGGCACCUAGGGAAACUUCAGGUCGGACUUUCACAAGCAAGAAGGCUAGCUCAAGGUAAAGUCAUUAAGAUACACUCUUCAAGUCCUUUCCCAGUUCAAAUUGACGGGGAACCAUUUAUCCUACAACCUGGCUCGUUAGAUAUAACACAUCAUGAUCAGGUAUUCAUGGUGAGGAGGACAUCAGAAGAUGACCCGAAAGGGCAUGCAGCUGCAAUUAUGACGGAGGUGUUACUAGAUGCCGAGUGCAAGGGCAUUAUCAAUGCAUCUCAAAAGAAAGUUAUUCUCCAGGACAUGGCCAUCAGUCUUUCUUAAUUCACCAUGUUGAUGUGGUUACCCAUAAAAUGGGUAUUUUCCCACCCUUUAAUCCCUUUAUUAUGGGAGCAAUUUUUGGUAACUAUCAGAGAUACAGAGAAAUGAUAUAGUUCCACAAAGCAGCAGCUAAUAGACGAGAGUGAAAAUUGUACGGCGGCUUGGUUAUUUCUUAUUUUUGUUUCCCCCUUGUGUUGCUUCUACACAUCAAGCUGUGUAUAUUUCUAACCCAGUGUAACAUAUCUUCAAGCCAGAAAGGCCCUCCUCUAAUUUUUUCGGCCUUUAACGUUGAUUUGCUAGGUCCUCUCAUUAACUUCUAAACAAGAAUCGUGCAUUUGUUGACAAUAGUUUUUCUUUGAUGAACGUAACA